AUGGCAUCCACGACAUCCAAGUCUGCGACCCAUGGCGCCCUGACCUUUGAGCUCGUGGCUAAGUGCUCCACCACACGAGCUCGCGCCUCCCUCCUUACCCUUCCUCAUGGCCCAGUCAACCUUCCCAUGUUCAUGCCCGUGGCGACCCAGGCUUCCCUGAAGGGCAUCACUCCCGAGCAGUUAGAGCAGACGGGGUGCCGGUUAUGUCUGAACAAUACCUAUCACCUGGGCCUCAAGCCAGGCCAGGAGGUUCUCGAUGCCAUUGGUGGUGCACACAAGCUUCAGGGCUGGAAACACAACAUCCUGACAGAUAGCGGAGGCUUCCAGAUGGUAUCCCUCCUCAAGCUAGCCACCAUAACCGAAGAGGGCGUCCGCUUCCUCUCCCCACACGAUGGGACGCCCAUGCUCCUCACCCCAGAACACUCCAUGUCCCUCCAAAACUCCAUCGGCUCCGACAUCAUGAUGCAGCUCGACGACGUGCUCGUCACCACCUCACCAGACAAGGUCCGCAUGCGCGAGGCCAUGGAGCGCUCCGUGCGCUGGCUCGAUCGCUGCAUCGCCGCCCACCGCAGGCCCGACACCCAGAACCUCUUCUGCAUCAUCCAGGGCGGCCUCGACCUCGACAUGCGCCGCGAGUGCACGAAGGCCAUGGUCAAGCGCGACACCCCCGGCAUCGCCAUCGGCGGCCUGAGCGGCGGCGAAGCCAAGGCGGAUUACUGCGCGGUCGUCGGUGCCUGCACGGCUUUGCUGCCCGACCUGAAGCCCAGAUACGUCAUGGGCAUCGGCUACCCAGAGGAUCUGGUGGUCAGCGUGGCCCUCGGCGCAGACAUGUUCGACUGCGUGUGGCCCACGCGGACGGCAAGGUUCGGGAACGCCAUCACCAAGCACGGGAUGCUGAAGCUGAAGAACUCAGAGUUCGCCAACGACUUUGGGGUGAUCGAGGAGGGCUGUGGGUGCGUCUGCUGUCGGCCAAAGGUGGACGGCCGGGAGAGCCAAGGUCUGGGCAUUUCGAGGGCCAUGAUUCAUCAUAAUGUCGCCAAGGAGACGGUCGCGGCGCAUCUGCUUACUAUGCACAAUGUCUGGUAUCAACUGAAUCUCAUGCGAGAGGUCAGGGAGGCGAUUACUGCGGACAGGUAUCCGGCGUUUCUGAGGGAGUUCUUUGGCAGGUUAUACCCAAAAAAAAGUGGCUACCCAGACUGGGCAGUGAGCACCCUUAGAGGUGUUGGUGUAGAUUUAAUGCAGGAUUAA